GGAGGGAGAAUCAGUGCUGUGAAUUUGAAGUGUCUAAUGUGUACUAACGCUACCGGACAAGACAUGGGUUCCAUCGUCACAUAAAUGGUACACUUUUUUUUGACACAUAGUUAUAUUUAAAGGACUUCCGGUUUUCCAGACUAGUGAACAGUCAUGGAGGGUCCGAGUCAUAUUUUCACCUACACCAAGAAUGAUUUUGUGUUUGACGUGUGCGGGAGUGAUGGAAAGACGACUAUGUCCAGGUUUGAUGAAGCUCUGAGAUGCGGCUGGGAGGACAGGAUGAGCCGUGGGCUUUUCAGAUAUCACCUCGGGGAUUUGGAGACACGGCGGUUACCCGGCGAGUGUGGAUACGUCGCCCAGCUCAACAUUCAGAGGGGCAUCGAGAGGAGAAAACCUCAGGUGAUCCUGAGCGUUCAGCAGCAGUUCGACCCUAGACUGUUUAACUUUAAUAAAAUCAAGGCAGCCGAAAUCUUGUUCGAAAUGCACAAACAGGAAGAGAAGGGUUUCGAACCCGGAGCCUUGUGUGUUGUGAUCAUCAACGCGAGUCCACUAGAGUUUGGUCACUGCCUGCUGGUACCCGAGCCCACCCGCUGCCAUCCUCAGAUCCUAACCCCUCUAGCUCUCCAAAUCGGGAUCGAGUCGGUGUUUCUCAGCGCAGAUCCCGGAUACAGAGUCGGCUUUAACAGCCUUGGGGCAUUUGCCUCCGUUAACCAUUUACACCUUCACGGAUAUUACUUGAAUCACUCUUUAAGGAUCGAGAGGGCUCGCGCAGAGAUGAUCGUUCCCCCAAAGUGCUUGUACCGGCUCGUGGACUUUCCGAGAGCCUUCAUGUUUUACACGGACGCUCACGAGGAGGCGCGCGCCGUCGCCGCCACCGCCUGCAAGCUGACCGACAUCCUGGUUGAGAGGAACAUCGCCCACAAUGUCUUCAUGACCCGAGGCUGCCGACCUGAGCGAGAGUACCAAGCCCCGCCCUUAUUGCCUCACGGAGUGCGCAUUUUCAUCUGGCCCAGAGUGUCGUGUUUCGGAGCGAAAGAGGAGUCGGCUUUCAACGUGGCUCUGUGUGAACUAGCCGGACACCUUCCGUUCAAAAACAGAGAGGACUUCGAGAGCCUGGAUGAGGAGGGAGUCAGGGCAGUUGUUCAGAGCUACCUCCUCAGUGACGAAGAGUUUGCUGACGUAGAGAAACAAAUUGUUGAAAACUUGUAACAACGCCUGACCAGACUAUUUUAUAUAUAUAUAUAUAUAUAUAUAUAUAUAUAUAUGCGGGUUAAAAGUGCCAGGUGUAGUUAGGUUUCUAGAUGUUUUUGAUCAAAGGUACUUUAGUCAGGGUGAUGCCUGGUGAUCUAUCCUCUGCAGCAGAAAGCUUUAAAAAAUACAUUACUUGAAUGACAUGGCUUGUUGUAAAUACACUAAUCAACAAAAGUAUAUUUGCCAAACCUGUUUAUUAUUUAUUUCAGGUGUUUCAAUCAGGCCCCGUAUCCUUGUAAAGUCGUAAUGCCGUUAGCAUGCCAAGACAUCUUGGACAAUGCUAUGCCUCCAACUUUGUGGCAACAGUUUUUUGGCCCUUUUAUAUUCCAACAUGAUGGUGCCCCAGUGCACAAAGCAACAAUUAUUAAGACAAAGACAUGGUUUGAUGAGUUUGAUGUGGAAGAACUUGACUGGCCCGCAAAACACUAUUGAGCACCUUUGUGAUGAACAUACAUUGCGAGCCUAUCCUUCUUGUCCAACAUUAGUGUCUGACUCCAGAAUUGCUCGACACAAUGAAUGAGGUAAUGUGUGCUCUACCUUACACCAGUUACUUUCAUUACCUUUAAAAAAAUGAAAUGAAGCUUUUACAAUAAGGAAGCACAGAAUAUCUAUUCUAAUAACAUUCAACAUUUUAGACUAGUAUCGCUGCUCAGUAUUGGAUUGGUGCAUGAUUAUUUCAAUAAGUACCAAACUAACAAACAAAACAUCUUGCCACAACACCUAACUUUGGUAAAUUGGCCCUAUGAUGCAAGCUCUACAGUUGCACUAUCUGGGUUUCCAAUAUUUAUAUCUCCAAUAUAACUAGUUUGUUUUGUCUGUAGGGUAACUGUUGUUUGUUUUUGUUUUUUGUUUUUUUUUUAAACAAAAAUACUACAUGGCAGUCAGAAAACCACAACUAUACCAUAGGUCAAUUAUUUGAAUAUUGUUUUUUUUUUAAGUUUCUCCCCUGUUGUAUGUGCUUUCAUAAGAGAUGUACAGUAAAUUUAGGAUUAUAUUUAAUGACUGACAGGACUAAAAUAAAAGUCUAUUAAGUCUAUUAAGUACCCUUCUAUUUCUAAAUAACAAAAAGGACAUAAAAGCAAAGAAGCUUAAAAUAAUAGAAGCAUUUUCGGACAAAUAACAUUCUCUUGUAUCAAAUGCCAGAUAAAUACUUUGAAUACUUUGUUUACUGAAUAGUUAAUAAUUUAAUUACCUACUGGUUCCACUUAAUGAGUCUACUCAGGUUUGUGUCAGUUUCUUUUCUGUUUAUAAAACUUCAGAAUGCUCCAUUAAUUAUGAUUUGUAAGUUUUAAUUAUCUAGUUGUCUGCUGAUGAUGAUCAGUUUUUGGAAAUCCGAAAAUUCUGAGUAAGGUAGUUAAUACAAUACACUGAUAGCAGCUUUUCUGUAAGGUGCAUUUGAAGAAUAAACCAGAAAAAAAAUGCAAAUUUAAACUUUUACAAUCAAAUGUGUGCGUUACUGUGGUUUGUUGGAGCAGUGUGCAAUAAAGUGGAUUUCAAGAGUA